AAAAGACUUGUUCAUCUUCCAAGUUAACGACCCUUCUUGCUUUCGGGAUCAUCUAGUAUCAUUACCGAAUCAGAAUCUAUCGGUCUCUGACAUCCGAGCCUCGAAGUCAUCGUCAUGCUUUUUGGAUCUUCCCAUCUGAAAGUCUGCGGGGUGCACAUCAGCUGUUCUCGCUUUACAAAUCUAUACACUUGUAGUCGUAUAUACUAUUUCUUUCUCCACUACGGUUUGGUUGAUUAAAGGAUUUGAUCUUUUAGCUCAGACUCAUAUUCUCCUUUGAGAUUUGUGUAUUCCCAUAUAUAUUCCAUCUACACCAGAAUAUAUUUUCUUUUUUGGUGGGUAAUUCCUGAGAAUUAAUCAGAGAGAAAAACAGUGGAAGACUGAACGUGAUCUGGCGGUCCCGGUGACACCUCCGCCACCGAGAUGGCCGCACCACCACCUAGUAGCCGGCUACAAGUUAUGUUACAGUCGGCGGUGCAGACGGUUCAAUGGACUUAUAGUCUCUUCUGGCAAUUAUGUCCACAACAAAGGGUCAUGGUAUGGGCUGCUGGGUAUUACAAUGGAGCAAUAAAGACUAGGAAGACAGUGCAGCCGAUGGAAGUUACCGCCGAAGAGGCAUCGCUGCAAAGAAGCCAACAGCUCAGGGAGCUCUACGAUACACUGUCCGCCGGAGAGUCGAACCAGCCAACACGCCGUCCUUCUGCUGCCUUGUCGCCGGAGGAUUUGACGGAAUUGGAAUGGUUCUAUUUGAUGUGUGUCUCUUUCUCUUUUCCUCCUGGAGUGGGCUUGCCUGGAAAGGCCUAUGUAAAGCGGCAUCAUGUAUGGCUUACCGGCGCCAAUGAAGUCGAUAGCAAAGUCUUUUCUAGAGCUAUUCUAGCCAAGAGUGCCCGCGUACAGACUGUCGUAUGCAUUCCACUACUCGAUGGUGUUGUGGAGCUAGGAUCAACAGAAAGGGUUCAAGAGGACCUUGGUUUCAUCCAACAGGUGAAGAGCUUUUUCAUUGACCACAACCACCUGCCUCUACCCCCCAAGCCUGCUCUUUCUGAGCAUUCCACGUCAAACCCAGCCUCAUCAUCAGACCAUGCACGUUUUCAAUCCGUUUCAAUGCCAUCUACGUAUGCAACAGAAGAUCCACUGGCCAAUACCAAUCAAAUAGAUGCUGAAGAAGAAGAAGAAGAGGAAGAGGAAGAAGAUGAGGACGACGAGGAAGAAGGAGAAGAAGAAGAAGAGGCGGACAGAGACUCAGAAGCUGAAACAGUCCGUAACAGUGGGCUGUCCAGGUCUCAACAAAACUAUCAAACUGUUACACAAGGUGUACCCGCGGCCCCUGGAGCGUCUGAGCCGAGUGAGCUAAUGCAGCUGGAUAUGUCGGAGGAUAUUAGGGUUGGGUCACCUGAUGAUGGCUCCAAUAACUUGAACUCGGAUUUCCACUUGCUAGCCGUGAGCCAAGCCGGAAAUCCAACCGAUCAUAAACCUCGAGCUGACUUGUAUAGGGCAGAGUCCAGUCGUAGAUGGCCAAUCUUGCUAGACUCGUUGGGCAACAAUCUUCAACUUCCUCAUUCAGGUAUGAUUCUACUUGGGCUUUCACAACCUUAUAGACACAACAUCUAAUAAAAUAACCCAUCUUUGCUCUCUUG